CAUCAGCUAACUGUUCUUUUUCUACUAAUGCCUAUAAUAUAUAACAAAUUUCAUCAGCUAAUUGUUCUUUUUCUACUAAUGCCUAUAAUAUAUAACAAAUUUCAUCAGCUAAUUGUUCUUUUUCUACUAAUGCCUAUAAUAUAUAACAAAUUUCAUCAGCUAACUGUUCUUUUACUACUAAUGCCUAUAAUAUAUAACAAAUUUCAUCAGCUAACUGUUCUUUUACUACCAAUGCCUAUAAUAUAUAACAAAUUUCAUCAGCUAACUGUUCUUUUACUACUAAUGCCUAUAAUAUAUAACAAAUUUCAUCAGCUAACUGUUCUUUUACUACUAAUGCCUAUAAUAUAUAACAAAUUUCAUCAGCUAACUGUUCUUUUACUACUAAUGCCUAUAAUAUAUAACAAAUUUCAUCAGCUAACUGUUCUUUUUCUACUAAUGCCUAUAAUAUAUAACAAAUUUCAUCAGCUAACUGUUCUUUUACUACUAAUGCCUAUAAUAUAUAACAAAUUUCAUCAGCAAACUGUUCAUUUACUACUAAUGCCUAUAAUAUAUAACAAAUUUCAUCAGCUAACUGUUCUUUUACUACUAAUGCCUAUAAUAUAUAACAAAUUUCAUCAGCUAACUGUUCUUUUACUACUAAUGCCUAUAAUAUAUAACAAAUUUCAUCAGCUAACUGUUCUUUUACUACUAAUGCCUAUAAUAUAUAACAAAUUUCAUCAGCUAACUGUUCUUUUACUACUAAUGCCUAUAAUAUAUAACAAAUUUCAUCAGCUAACUGUUCUUUUACUACUAAUGCCUAUAAUAUAUAACAAAUUUCAUCAGCUAAAAAUGGUUCAGUCUUUACAAAAAUUUAAAAAUUUUUUUUUAAAUAUUCUUACCUCAGUUUGUUCUAAUUGUGCUGUUUCUACUAAACUUAUUCCUUUUUUCAUUUGUUGA